UUGCGCACAAUCGUGGCUUGCUCAUACCUAACUGCUGGCCGACUCAGCUUGGGCUUGGUUUUGUUUUUAUUUAAUUAAACUAUUUUUUAGAUACCCGUAAAAAUUUAUUUAGAAUUGGUUAGGUGCAACCGCAUUUAGCCGUAAAAUCCAUCCUGCGAACCGAGAUAUAUCGAAGCGCGAGUUUUCAAACGAUUUGAGUCUGCGUCUAGGAAUCGUGAUUAAGAAACAAUUGAAUCCAUAGCAAAAUGUGCCUUUAGUCUUCUGCGAGUCGACAUGAGAAGCAAGUCCCCACGCCAUACAGAAGAAAAACACAGACCGAGUAUGUUCCCAAAAAGGAGCCUUUUGGCCGGGCUUUUAGCGCUACAUUUGGUUGGUCUGACCACGGCCCAGUUGCCCGGAGACCUACCUCCUGGCCAAGCGGACCCGGGGCAGCCAGGCCAGCAGCCACAGACCUAUCAGCCCAGCUACAACAAGGACUACUCACCUCGUUUCAAUCCGCUGUACACUGGACAGCAGCAGAGCCCGGAAUCCAGCCAAUUCGACAGUGCCCUGCUCGACGCACAGAACUCUGGCACAUACAAGGGCUACUACGAUGGCAGAAUGGGAGUAGGAGGCAUUGGCGGCAAUGUGGUCGGACCCGGAAACACCCUGGGCGGGCUCGGUCCCCAGUACGAUCCCUUUAACCGGAACAGUAUUGGCUCGACGGGAGUCACCUACCGCGACGCCUACAGCGACGAGGACAACUUCUGCCCGGAGCACUGGGUCUCGUUCAGGCAAUCGUGCUAUCGCUUCAUCCGUUCGCCCAAACGCAACUGGGCGGAGGCAAAGAAGAUCUGCAAGGCCUACAAUGCCGAACUGCUGAACGUGGACAGCGUGGAGAAGCAUUCAUUCAUACUUAAGAACCUCAUAAUGCAAAAUCAACGACAGAACCGAUUUUUCAUCUCUGCCCGCCAGACAGGCCCGCUAAACUGGGUCAACGACGACAACACCCAGCUAGUGCAAAUCGACGACUCGUUUUCCAUGGACGAACAUGUGCCCCUGGAAAACGAGGAUCUGCACGACAAUCGAUUCCUUGUUCAAAACGAUCUGAACAACCGAAAUCUCAACAAUCCAAAUCAGUUUUAUAACUCACUUCCAGGCAGCGUUAAUCAGCGCAAUCAAAAUAACCUUCGCGGCUAUAUAGGUCCAAACCAGCCGUACGGAGACAAUGGGUAUGUGCGGGAUCGCGUAGUCUACGCUUACUCCAAGAAGAAGGAUCGCUGGAUGUUUAUGCCAGCGUACGAAAUUGAAUUGAAUCUCUUUAUUUGCGAGUCGAAGGUUCUAUAUACCCCAGAUAAUGUCAAUAUUAAACUGGACGACAAGCGCCCCUACCACUAUGGACUCGAUAUUACGGACAUGGAACGCAUACCGCGGGGUCCUUAUUUCGUAAAGCAGCCGAAUGAUACGACUUUUGAUGUGAACAAAAAUCGUCUGAUCAAUGAUGUAACACUGAGCUGUUUGGCUGGCGGUUUUCCCACGCCCUCAUACCACUGGUACCGCGAGGUGUACGUAAACGACACACUCGAGUACCAGAAGAUCGAUCCUCUGACGGAUAACCGAUACACCAUAUCGGGGGGAAACCUGAUCAUCUACGGGCCAAAGCAGGCACUGGAUCAGGGCGCAUAUCAUUGCGUAGCGGAGAACAAAUUUGGACGCAUUCGUUCUGAAAGCGCGCAUCUAAACUUCGGUUUCAUUAUGGAAUUUAACUUAAAACGCUCUGCGGAGUCAAGCGAGAUGAACUGGGGAAAAUCGAUUUUCUGUGAUCCACCGCAGCACUAUCCCGACGUGCGCUAUUACUGGGCACGCGACUUUUUCCCCAACUUCGUGGAGGAGGACCAGCGUGUAUUCGUCUCCCGCGAUGGCGCUUUGUACUUCUCCUUUAUAGAAACUGUGGAUAGGGCCAACUACUCAUGCAUCGUGCAAACCCUUGUGUCGGACACCGGCCGCAACGGACCCUUCUUUCCGCUGCGCGUAACUCCCAACAGCAACUAUCAGGCACUGAUAUUCGCCAACACCUUCCCCAAAGUGUUUCCGGAGGCGCCGGUGGCUGGUGAGGAGAUUCGACUGGAGUGCAUGGCAUUCGGCUAUCCCAUCCCGUCGUACAACUGGACGCGUCAAGGUCUACCUCUCCAACGCAACGCUUACACCAUCAAUUACGGUCGAGUGCUAAUUAUCCAAAACGCUACUACAAACGACAACGGCGAGUACUCCUGCACCAUUACCAAUCCCCGCAAGACGCUGAUAAAGAGCGUCUAUAUAAACAUCCAAAUGCGCCCACAGUUCACCAUUCCUCUCAAGGAUAUGAUCAAAGACUACAACAGCGACGUGACUUUCAUAUGUGAGGCCUUUGCCAUUCCGGACGCGAACUACACGUGGUACAAAAAUGCUGAACGCCUCGAUCCCGCAACCAUUAAUCGGGACCGCUACAUUAUCCAAGACAAUGUUCUAACCAUUAAGUUUUUGGAAAAGGAUAAGGACGAGGCUAUGUACCAGUGUGGAGCCCAAAAUCAGCUGAAAACGUCCUUUUCUUCAGCGCAGCUCCGGGUGCUGUCUAUGAAACCGUCCUUUAAAAAAUACCCUCUCGAGUCAGAGGUAUACGCUGUUUACAAUGGCAACACCACUAUUGUCUGCAACCCUGAAGCCGCUCCACGCCCUAAAUUCCAAUGGAAGAAAGACGGUCAAGUCUUAGGCUCAGGUGGACACCGGCGAAUCCUGCCCAGCGGCACCCUGACUAUUGCACCCACGUCGCGCGACGAUGAGGGCACUUACACAUGUAUUGCAUCAAACCAGGCCGGUACCGAUGAGUCCCAUGCCCGAGUUAUUGUUUUGCAGGAAAUCGUUUUUGUUGAAACCCUUCCGCAACGCAUAGUUGCCAAGGAACAUGACCUAAUCUUCUUGCAUUGUGAGGCCGUCUUUGAUGAACUGCUGGACGUUGCUUACAUUUGGAAGCAAAACGGAGAAAUUCUAAAGAACAACCAUGACGGCACCGGACGUAUUAUUGUUAACUGGAACAGAUUGACAGUGUAUAACAUUACCAUGCGUGAUGCCGGGGACUACGAGUGCGUCGUCAAGUCGUCGGUCAAUGAGAUCAGCAGCAAGACCAGUGUGUCCAUCGAGGGAGCACCUGGCGCACCAGGCGGCGUUCAAGUCAUACAGAUCAGUAAGACGAAGGCCAUCAUUGAGUGGGUGGAUGGAGCCAACAACGGCAGGGCAAUCCGCUACUACAACAUCCUAGGCCGCACCAACUGGAACCGCACCUGGGUUAAUGUUUCGACCCAUGUGCAGUCGCGGGAGGUGGACCGCUACACUUCGCGCCAACAAGCCGAGGUGAUCAAUCUGACGCCGUGGUCGGCCUACGAGUUCAGUGUGACCGCCGUAAACGACCUCGGAAUCGGAACGCCGUCAGCCCCAUCGCCAAUAUACAGCACCUAUGAGGAUAAGCCCUACAUUGCCCCGAGGAACGUGGGUGGCGGGGGCGGUAAAAUCGGCGACCUUACGAUUACCUGGGACCCGCUGUUGCCGCAAGAGCAGCAUAGCCACGGUAUUCACUACAAGGUCUUUUGGAAGCUGAAGGGAGCGAUCGAGUGGGCUUCGGACGAGAUUAGGAAACAGGAUCAUAUGGGAGUGGCAGUGGUUAACAUUCCCCUCAACAACUACUAUACAGAGUACGAAGUCAAGGUGCAGGCUAUUAACAACAUUGGCAAAGGACCGGAGAGUGGUAUUGCUGUAAUUCAUUCGGCCGAGGACAUGCCGCAAGUGGCUCCCCAAAAACCCUUUGCGCUCGGCUUUAAUUCCACCUGCUUUAAUGUCACCUGGCAACCAAUUGACAUGUCCCGUGAGAACAUUCGCGGUAAACUCAUUGGUCACAGGUUGAAGUAUUGGAAAACUACGCAUCAGGAAGAAGACUCCGUGUACUAUCUGUCACGUACCACUAGAAAUUGGGCGCUGAUCGUUGGCCUGCAGCCAGACACGUACUACUUUGUGAAGGUGAUGGCAUACAACGCUGCUGGAGAAGGACCCGAAAGCGAAAGAUUUGAAGAGCGCACAUAUCGAAAGGCCCCGCAAAAGCCCCCGUCUUCAGUUCACGUGUAUGGAAUAAACCCUUCCACGGUUCGAGUUUCGUGGCGUUACGUUUCCCCCUCGCAGGACGAAGAACCAGUCGAGGGUUAUAAGGUUCGAGUUUGGGAAACGGACCAGAACAUGAUCACAGCCAACAAUACGAUCGUGCCAAUUGGACAGAAGCUUGAGGCCUACAUUAACACGCUCACCCCCGGAAAGAGCUACAACAUGCGAGUCCUGGCCUUCAGCAACGGAGGCGACGGUCGCAUGUCCAGUCCCACUUUGCGCUUCCAAAUGGGCAAGACGACUCGCAAUGCUGCCCGACAUGGCCAUAACAUCGAUACGGCACUUAUCUUAAGCACAUUGCUACUCCUCACCACCUUUUUCUACACAAGCCACUGAAUGCAGCACAAAUCAAGAUGCAUAAAUUUAGACAGUAAGAACAUAUAAUAUACUAAGAAGUGACCUUAUAUAAGAGUAAGUAGUACAGCGAGAAAAACAAAUGCAUUCCAUUUUUGAUCUUUUGUAAUAAAUUCAAUUCCGUCCAUUUUAAAGACUUUUUAAAAACAAAUAAAUUUGUAUUUUUCCAAA